ACUUUUUCAAUUACACUGUCAACCAAAGCUGUUUGUCCUCCUUGCCAGCCGCGCUUUUGCCGUGGCUCCGGGCUGGCGCGGCGGCGGCUGCGCUGCGGCUUCGGUUCUGUUUGCACGGGGCUAUAGAACGGUUUUUCGGGUUGGAACGGACCUGGAAAUCACCCAUUUCCACCCUAUGCCGUGGGCAUGGGCCUUCCACUACCCCAGCUCGCUCCAAGCCACCCAUCCAACCUGGCCUUGAACACUUCCAGUGAUGGGGCUGCCACAGCUUCUCUGGGCACCCUGUGCCAGGGUCUCCCCACCCUCACGGGAAAGAAUUCCCUCCCCAGAUCUCACCUAAAUCCUUCUCUUUUAGUUUAAAGCCGUUGCCCCGUGUCCCCAUCUAUUGUAGCUGCCCCUCAAGCACUGAAAGGUCGCGCUGAGGUCUCUCCGUUUGUGGUGAGGCAGGUUCUCCAGGAGAGGAGUGAGCCCAUCAUUCAUCCCCCGGGGCCAAUUCCAGGGAUGGGAGACGGGGCUGAGAUGGUUUUGGGAGAGGAAAAUAGGAACACAAGGCCCUGAGUGAGGUGCCCACACCCAAGUGCUCUGGCUGGGGACGUUUGGGAGGGGCAGUGGUGUGGUUUGGAUCUCCUGAGGUUGUCUUCACCUGGAAGUGCCAGGAUUAGUUAGUUGCUGCUUCUAAGACUGACUUUACAUAAGAGUUAUAAAUACAGCGUGGGCUGAGGACACGGGGAGGUGGAGAGGGCAGUGCUGGCCGUGUCACAGGUGCUGAUCCUGCUCUGGUGCUGUCACUGCAGGUACCUGGCAGGUGCCACAACCCCCGGGUCUCACAGGGAAAGCACAGGAAUGCUUUUUGCACUGAGAAUUUGGGGGGGGUUAGGCUGGAAUGUUUGACCUUGGCGUUCAGUUGUGUGUUUGAGCAGCAGUUGUGGUCCUGCAGUGCUUGUGCUGGCCAGAUGUGGCCACACAGAGCCACGGGUGAGGGUUUGGGGUGAGCUGGGUGAAUUCCAGCUGUGAACCGUGCUGGAUGGGCUGGAAGGGCCCAGCUGUGCUGUGCCCUGGGAGUUAAAUCACAAAGCAAUGCUUUGGGAGAGUUGGUUGGUUUCUCUUCCUUCCCUGUCUCAUUUCAGCUUAUUUUUGACCUGGUUAAGAAGUGCCUGAAGCAUCUUUCCUGUAGGAGCUGUGAGGCCUGGUGGAUGUGGUUAUAACUGUGUUCCUGUUCAGCUCUGCUCUGCGUUUCCACAGCCCAUGGCAGUGUGUGUGGGGGCUCUCUGGUUCAGUUUUGCUGCAGCAGAAGGGCUCUGCCCUGUCCUGGGGCUGGGGCAUUGCCUGUCCUGAGGGCAGCUGUGACUCUGUGUGGUUCCUCCCCGUGCCAGGUGUGGCACCCAUGGCAGGGGCCGUGCGCAUUGGGGACCAGCUCAUUCUGGAGGAGGACUACAAUGAAUCCUACGUUCCCAUGGAGCAGGAAAUCCGGGAUUUUGCACCAACCAUCGGGAUUGACCCCGACAAGGAGUCGGAGCUGCUGUGGCUGGCCAGGGAGUGCCUGGUGACCCCCCUGCCCCCCGAGUGGAAGGCCUGCCAGGCUAUCGCAGGCGGUGACGUCUAUUUCUUCAACUUUGAGAGCGGCCUCUCCACGUGGGAGCACCCCUGUGAUGAGCACUACAAGCAGCUGGUCAUCAGGGAGAGGGAGAAGCUGCUGGCACGGGGCAGCCUGAAGAAGGAAAAGAAGGAGAAAAAAGAGAAGAAGGACAAGAAGGAGAAGAAAGAGAAGAAGAAGAAGGACAAGAAGGAGAAGCAGCUCCUGAAGGAGCUCCCUCCCCCAGGCUCCCAGCUGGCCCCCAUCCAGCCUCCCCUGGGCAGCCUCUCUCCUCUCCGUGGCCUCACCCCGCCCUCCUCCAUCACCCUCCGUGGGACCCUGGACCUGGGCAACGUGCUGGACUCCAGCCUGAGCCCCAAGGAAGGAACGCUGCCUGCACAGAUCCCAAAGCCCUCCAGCCACACCAGGAACCUGCUGGAUUUGAUCUGUGACGAGAAACGUCCCUUGAACGUGGCAGUGCCAGAGAAAUGGAGGGAGGAAGAUGAGGACAGUGACAAUGAGAGUUUCCCUGGGACCUCAAGGCUGUUAAAAAACGUGUACCUGGAUGUUGAAGCCCUGGCAGGCAGCUUUGACUUUGAGGAGAAGAGCAAGGAGGAGCAGGAGGAGCGUGGCAGCCCUCCAUCAGCUGGUGCUGCUGGUGCUGCUGGUGCUGCUGCCCAGCCCCACGGGUGCCCUGAGGAGGAAGCUGCCAGCCUGGCAGAGAAGGAAUCCUUAAAAUCGAGGCACCCCGAAGAGGCGGCAGAGUGUUGUUCCCUGGAUUCUGGAGCGGCGUGCCCCCCGUCUGCAGCUCAGCUCCUCUCUGGGGAGCCUGGCAGCAGCCUGAGUGCCCAGGCAGAGCUGCGGGAGCCUGCUGGGCACCUGGCAGAAGAUGCUCAGGUGGAAAGAGACGCCUCUGCAGCUGAGGAGCUGCCUCUGUCCGAGGGGGACAGGAGCUCAGCAGGGCUGGAGGUGCCCAGCUCUGCCGGGCGGCCCCGAGGUGCCCCUCAGCCUGUGGAGGGCACAGACCAGCCAGCCAGCCUGGCCGCCACUGCCGACACCCUGUCCUGUGCAGAAAGGGCGCUGCAGGAGGAGAGGGAAGAGGCAGCAGCUGAUUCAGGGGCAGAGGACAGGCUGGAUGAUGGCAAACUUUCCAAGGCAUCCGGGGUCAGUGGCUGUGAGCAGGACCUGCCAGUCUCCAGGAGCUCCGACCAUGAGGUGCCUCAGCUGCUGGGCUUGGACGCCAAGAGCCAGCUGUGCCAGGAGGGUCUGGGCAUGGGGACGGUGCCCCCUGAUCUGGACAGCGCCAGGAGCAAGGAGCUGGGAGAAGAGGACAAAGACCAAAGCAAAGCCAGUGUGGAGAAGGAGCAAAGGAAAGGAGCAGAAGCUGCUGAGAGUGAGAGGGAUCCCAGCGCUGCUGAGACGCCCCUGGAGCCCUGGGGCCCAGAGAAUCCCCGUGGGGAGGAGCAGCAGGAGGGAGCCCUGGACAGCCUGGUGGAUCCCGAGGAGCUGCCUGGCCCACAGAACCUGGAACCUGAGAAGGACAUGGAGCAGUCCUUGAGCCAGCCUCAUGAUGAAUCCCUGGAGGAAAUCGUCAGGGAGGUGGAGACAGAGCUGGAGCAAGAGGAAAUACAUUUAUUUCCAGCAAAGGAGGAGAAAACCCAGCAGUUCCAGGAGGAGAUGAGGCAGGAGGAGGAGGAGGAAGCUGAAAAGCUUCAUCAGCAAAAAGCAAAGCCCCUCAGCUCUCCAGAAGAAGAUUUAGCAAAGCCUGAGCAGGAAGAGCAAGAGCUGCUGCUCAGAGAGGAGAAAGCCCAGAGGCUGGAGGAGCUGCGAGCCCAAAUGGCCUCAGAGCUGGAGGCAGAGGAGCAGAGGAUGAGGGCAGAGCAGGAGGCCCGGCUGCAGGAGCUCAGGGACGAGGGGCAGUGCCAGCAGCUGCUGGAGCAGGAGAGGCUGCAGAGGCAGCAGCAGCUUGCCCUGGAGGAGAUGAGGCUGGCAGCAGAGCGGGCCCGGCAGAAGGAGAUGGGCGAGCUGGAACAGGAGCAGGAGGAGUUCCUGAGCCAGCUCAGGGACAGGCUGGACAGGGAGAAGAAGAAGGCAGCAGAGGAGCUGGAGGAGCAGAGUGCCAGGGAGCUCCAGCAGCUGAGGGCUGCAGCCGAGGAGAAGCACCGCGAGGUCAUUGCCAGCCUGCAGGCCCAGCUGGCAGAGGCACAGAGCAGCCAGGAGGCCCAGCUACGCGAGGAGCUGCAGAGGGCAGACCAGAAAGUGCAGGAAAAAGCCCUAAAAGUGAAGGAAUACGAGCGUGAGCUCAGCGAGCUGAUGGGCGACCGGCGGCGGGAGGUGGAGAAGGAGCACGAGAGGAGGAUGGAGAGGAUGAGAGAGGAGCACAGGGAGGCCCUGGAGCGGAUCCAGCAGCACUUCGAGGAGGAGGAGCGCCGGCAGAGGUCGGAGCUGCUGGAGGGGCUGCGCAGCGAGGCCGCGCGGCUGCGGCAGCUGCACGAGGCCGAGCUGCAGCGGCUGCAGGCGGAGCUGGAGGGGAGGCUGGCGGCCCUGCAGCAGAGGCACAGGGAGAAGGAAAGAAAGCUCCAGGAUUCAGAGAACGAGCUCGAGAUCCGCAUGAAGAGCAUCCAGGCCAGAUCAGAGAAGCUCCAGAGCCAAGAGGAGUCCCUGCAGAGGAGGAGGCAGCUGCUGCUGGACGAGGACGGACGGAUGCAGCUGGAGAGAGACGAGGCUGCUCUGGCCUCUCAGCUGCGCCUGGAGGAGAGCAGGAAGGAGCACUGCAGCCUGCUGGAGUCCGUGCGGCAGCUGCGCAGGACCCUGCAGGAGCUGCAGGACCAGAAGGCUGAGCUGGAGGCCCAGGUGGACCUGCUGCAGAGCCGCAGCCAGAGGCUGCACAAACGCAUUGGAGAGCUGGAGGAAGCAAUCAGGAGCAAGCAGGAGGCUCUGAAAGAACUGGAGGCAGAAGAAAGCGUGGAAUCUCCAAGAAAGAAAGCUGAGCUCUGUGUUGAAGACCUGAGAGAAACUCCUCAAGCUCACUCGUCCAGAGAGCCUUCCCCAGCCUCCCAGAGCCCCGAGGAGAGCGAGCUGCAGCUGGACCGAGUGCAGAGUUUCCUCUCGGCCGAGGGGCAGUCCCUGCGCAGCGCCAAGGAGUUCCUGCAGCGCCAGAGCCGCUCCCUGCGCCGGCGCCAAUCGGCGCUCAGGGCUGCCAGCCUGCAGUGGCACCAGCGCCUGCGCGGGGCCCAGGGGGCCGAGCAGGGUGCCCACAGCUCCCAGCUGCUGCAGGGAGUGCGCCAGAACCUGCAGGAGGAGGCAAAGGAGCUGGACAAGAUGAAGUCGGCCAUGCACAAAGGACAGGUGCUGCUGAAGAAGAAGGAGGAGAAGCUCAGCCAGCUGGAGUGCUCGCUGCUGGAGGAGCUCUCAGAUGAGGACACGCUGAAGAGCUCUGCGUGCAGGAAGGUGGUGACGUUUGAUCUGAGCUCCUCCGAGGACACAAACAGCACGGCCAGUGUGAACCUGGGCCAGCCCAGGUCUGACCUGAGCGUGGGUGUGUGGCCCGUGCUGCAGCAGGACAAGAUCCAGCACCUGAGGGACUCGGUGCAGAGCAUCACCAGCGAGCUCAGCGGGGUCCUGGGGCUCCUGGACUCCCUGAGCCAGCAGCAGCCCCCCCCGCUCACCUCCACGCCCCACCAGGGCAUCCCCCUCCCCAGCCACCCCUCCUUGGCCGGCCUGGGGGGCGGCAGCUGCCUGGAGAACCCCCCCAGGGUGUCCCCCCUGCACCAGUGGGGCCGGGGCAGCAGGGCCAGCUCCAGGUGCCCCGUCCCAGGGCAGUCUGUGGACAGCAUGCUGGCAGAGAAAUGGCACAGGUAUUUCCCAGGUGGGUUCUCGUGGCUCGGUGGGACUCCUGUGCCCCUGGACAGCAAGCUGGGCUAUGUCCCUGCAGAUGAACAAAUCAGGCUCUUCCAGCACUCCAAAUUCAGUGAGCCAGAGACAAGGAAUAUUGAGGGGAUGAUUGAGAGCAACAAGAAAUGGCUGAAAGACUUCAAGAAGGAUUCCAAAGUAGCCCUCUCCCCACGGACGCAGCAGCCCCUGGGCAGCGGCCCCAGCCUCCUGCAGCUGGGGCUGGAUGAGAACAGGGAGAUCAAGGUGUACCACUACUGACAGCAUUUGCUCCGAGCUGGCUGUGAAUGUUUGAUGCUUUAGGAAGCUGCGGCGCCGCUCGCCCGUCGGGCUGCUGAGGAUGCUGCGCUGCGAGGAGCCCAUCUGUGAGGAGCCAUCUUCACAGCCUCUCUCCUGACCCAGUGCUGGGGGAGGCUCUGGAGCUGCUGUCCCUGUGCUGUGAGAGCCCCUGCGCUGGGUGAGGGUGCCCUGCUCUGCUCCCUGCAUACGCCCUGAGCCCGGCACGGGCAUGUUUACAUGCAAAUACAAAUACGGAAAUAUAUUUUUGAUGAACACCAUUUUGAAGCUCUCUUAAGAAUGUAUUUAUUUUGUUUUUCCUUGCUGUUUUUCUAGAGUUUUUGUAAUUGCUCAUUAAUAGCCUUAUUCCUUCCUAGGAAAGGAGGGAUCCAAACAAAGAUAUCCUCUGUUGCUGGAUUGCACAAAGCCCUUCCUGCAGGGAUUUUGCUUUUAGUUUACUGCAUACUCAGAGGACACAGGGCAGUGCUUCCAGUCAGGGGUUUUAGAGGGGACCCCACAGCUGUGGUUGCUGUGGCCCAAGCCAUAUCACUGAGUCCAUUCUGUGUUUUGGGAGCAGCAUGCAUUAAUGGUGCAGGGAAAUGCCAUUUUUUAAACAAUAACUCGGUUUGAAACGUGCUCCUUUUUCCUGUUAAAAGCCGGGAUAGCAGCUGUAUCUGGUUUUGUAUAAAUUAAAUCAACAUGAGCCUGUUUUGUAUGA